AUUUAUAAGCACAUGUAUGAGUACAAGUAUAUUGCUUUACUGGAUAUUGAUGAGGUUAUAAUGCCUUUGGAAGGUACAACAUGGAAGGAAUUAAUGGACAAAAUUCUACCCAAAGCAUUAAAAAUUAAUCCGGAUGAACGUGCAUCGUAUAAUGUCAGGAAUGUGUAUUUUCUGGAUGAUUUGAUACAUGAUCAUGGAUGGUUCAAAGAAAUCCCCAAAUACAUGCACAUGCUCCAGCACGUCUACAGGACAAAAAACUUCACGAAACCCGGUCAAUAUGUAAAAUGUUUCCACAAUACUGAAAAAGUACUGACAUUGCACAAUCAUUUUCCUUUGAGCUGCCUUGGCAGCGGCUGUACAUCUUACCCUAUUGAAACCACAGAUGCUCAACUACAGCACUACAGAGCUGACUGUGUUAAAACCCUCAAAAAGACUUGCGAAGAAUUUAGAAAAACUUCCGUCAUGGAUACAACAAUAUGGAAAUAUAAAGAACCCUUAAUCCAAAGGGUUAGUUCCACUCUUAGGACAUUAGGGUUCUUUGAAAAUGUUAAUGCAAAUACGAAUCCAGAUAUUUCAGCUAAUGCUGUGAGAAAAAGGUAGUAAUGAUGAGCUGUUUGAUUGGAUGUAAAGAAUGAGGAGCUAGAGCUCUAUGCUCUAUCUCGUUGUCGCUUUGAGCUACCUCAAGCCAGCAUAUAAAGAAGAAUAAAUAUAAUUGUAAUGUCAAGAGAUUGUUGGUCUUAAGAUUAAGCGUAUUAAUUUUGUGGCAUAUUUUCUAUGUGUAUUUGAUUCGUCUGAGAUGCGGGACGUUUUGUGGAAGGAUCAAAAAUCUGGUUUCUGAGUCUAGUUCAACAGGAAAGAAAAAUUAACCGAAUUGGUGAUGAGAAAACUGGCCCUUGAUAGGACGAAUUAAUGAUUGAGAAAUCUUAUUUAGCUGAAAAAGAAACAAGAUUUGUUGCCAACCAAUCAAAAAAUUAUUUUAAGAUAACGAAAUAUUAUCUGUGAUGAACUUAAGACCAAUUGCCUAUUGAAUUGAGCAUAAAAAUGCGAUUUUUAGGUAGUGAAAAGACUUUUUUUUUUGUUGUUCCUUUUUUUUAGAAUACCUACGUGAAAACACAUCUCAAUAAAACUCUAGCUCCCUCAAAUUUCCUUUCUAAAUUCCAUAACUAUUCCUUUAAUACAUUUUGGCAAAACCUUUUAUUUUUGUGACUGUAUUAAGCCAAAAUAUCUUUUAUUGUGAUAUAUUUUCUAUUUAACAAUUUAGCUUACUUAUUAGACAAUUCCUACAUAUUAAUGGCUGGUUCAUAUCUCUUCAGUAAUUUAAAGAUGUAAAGCAGCCAUUAUACCAGUGCCUUUGAAGAAUGAGAAAGUAACCCUUAGGUAGUCUUAAAUUGCACAAACUUAUGAUUAUGUCUUGAAGGACCAAAACGCGGUUUUUGAAUUGAUAUUGCUCAAUGAUUUUGGCAUAGAAUAGAAAUCAAUACCUACCCUAAAAUUAAACAAAAUGGACCAAAAAAAGAUUUACAAAAAUUUAUGUGAGUAUUCUUAAGGCUUUUAUUUUGCUCAAAUAAGAUGGAAACUAUUCUGUAUUUAUGCCUUUUUAUCAUUUUUAUUUUAUUAUUUUAUGUUUAUUGUCAUCCUACAGUAAUUAUUAUUAUUAUUUAUGUGUUUACAGAUAAUAAGGUACCUAUCUAGGUAAUUCAUAUAGAGAAGAUAUAAUGGGUGGUAUGAAUAAAAAAGAGCAUUUAGUUUCUACUCCAAAUUUUGGAUAGGUACUCCUAUGUAUAAUUUGGUAUGAGUAGAUUCUCACUUUUGGUAUAAAUAAAAUAGUAGAUUAUACCACGAGUCAAUAAUGAUAGCUAUUAUUCCCGAGGAUUAUUACGAACUGAGCCGCGUUAUCGGCGAGGGAGUAACAUUCCGAGGAAAUAAUAGCCAUUAUUGCGAGUAGUAUACUCUACUUUAUUUACGACAAAUUAAUUUAUUUGAGAUUUUCAAUGAACAAAUUUCAUCCGUCUCAUAAUUUUCAAUACAAAUCCACAAGCAGUACACGUUUGACACUGACACUUUUGUGGAAUAAUGACCAUUAAUCCCGCUACUCGUCAUUAAUCCCUGGAGGAAUAAUAUAUGUCAUUAUACUGCCAAAAUCACAAAAAUAAUACGCACAUUAUAUAUUAGUCGUAAAUAAAAUUGUUUAUGCUCUUCGGCAGGAGAAUCUACUCCAUAGUUUUAGAGUCUGCUAUGCAGUAGACUCAACUUUCUGCUCCAAGUUAUUUCAGUGCCGAUUUUCCCUCGGUAGAAGGCAGAGCUAUAGCAGAGUUCUUCAAUCUUAACCUGCGUUCGGAAAAAUUUUACAAAAAUACUAAAAAAAAAUACGUGUGAUUGGGACUUUAAAACGUUGUACCGGUUUAGUAAAAAAAAUGUGGAGUGGUUAUCAUUUUUGGGUGUAGAGUCGGGAGAAAGAAGAGAUGGUGCUUUAUGCAACAAAGACAAAUUUAAAAUAUUUUUAAGAUACGUGGGUGCCCCGGGGUUUCAGGCAGGAGUAGGCGAGGAUGUGGUGUUCACCAAACUUCGGUGUCUAAAGUUGUAUCGGAAAUAGCUGAUAAGAUAAUUCAGCAAAGUGAACGGUGGAUCCGAGGGUGGAUCAAAUUUCCUCGCAGUCCUGCGGAUAUAAAACGGUAUCCGCCAAAAUAAACAGUACCGAAAUCUAGAGCUCUGAGUAAUUGCACACGCAAGUUGCAUUUAUCAUAUUUCGCUUACUUGGCAUUAGUUAUGAGGUUGACAUUAAAGUUAAGGCUAAAAUAUUCGUUAUUAGGUAUCUUUCAACUUAAGAAACAGUUUUCUUAGUAGAGCACAAUUUUCGGUCAUACGGAUUUGGAAGGAAUAAAGUAUCAAGUUUGAAACGAGUCUCAGAAAAAUAACAGCAACCACUCUUAAUAAAUAUUUUCAAUGAUUUGCAGAAUCGCUAUGAAGCUUUUUUGCGUCGCUAUGAUGCAUUUUUUGAACAUAUACGCAUGAUACAAAUUAAUAAAUUAUAUAAUUUAUAUGUUCAGUACUGUUUAUUUUGGCGGAUACUGUAUUAUCCAUUCACAAUCCGAUGUCCACAGGUACAGGUGAUAAAUUUACCCAUACCUGUAGACAUCGGAUUGUGAAUAGGAUAUAGAGGCGAAAGAGCGGUGGAAAGCAAAAUAAAAUAUUGAGUAUCUACUCUAGGAGUAUGUACUUAUCAAACCGAAAUCUUUUUUAUUCUACGAAAUGGAGUAUAAGCUCAGACUUCAUACUCAUGCUCACGAGUCUAUACUCCGAGUUUAUACUCAGUUUUUAUUCAUACCACCCCAUCCCAAUGUGUUAAUAAGGACUGGAAAUAAAACUUACUUCAAAUCAGUUUCACCUGCAGGAAUAAGUUACAAUCUGUUACAUGAAGUUUUAUUUGGAGAUCUAAACCCAUUAUCACUGCUCUAUAUUAUUAAUUCAUUAUUGUAUAAGUGAUUAAGCCAUUUUUGUACAUAGUUUUUCAUUAAAUGUUACUGCUCAUUUCAUUUAAAAUUAAGUGAUAAAAUAGUUACCUAAAUAAUUAUUGUUGUCAACAAAAAUUAUUUAAGUACCUAUGUAUAUAAUUUUAUGUAUGUAAAUAGUUAAAAAAUAAACUGUGCCAGGUGCCUCAUAUUAGUUUUUUUUUGAGACACUGGGUACACUUUUGGGUGUAAAUAUACAGGGUUAUGGCGAAACUUAUUUUAUAGCCAGAUAAAAUAUGCAAUUUAAAUUUAAUCCUUAAAUAGUAAGUUUCAUGAUAUAAAUAUUGUUAUUUUUGUGAAUAUCAUGUCAUUUAUUACAUACAUAUUAUAUAGGUAUCAAAAAUACAACUUCCUUGUUCAAACUAUUAUGUGUGCCUAUCUAUUAUUUUUUCUUUCUUUAUUCAGUUUCAUCACCUACAUUAAAGAAUGCAUCACAACUACUACAAUACAAAUUUAAACCAAUGAAGUUUUGUAUGUCUUGCUAAACUUUUUUCUUGAUACUUAUUUUCAAUUUAUUAAAUGUUUAUUAUUCAAGAUUGCCAGUGAAUUUGUUUUUUUUAAUUGUUGUCAUUAUUUAAUAGAAAUAAAAUAAGUUGGGCAAAUUUUUGUAUGAAAACAUAAUGUGCCUUAUAAGUAUUCUUUCACCUUCCAUGGUGUAAGUAAGACAAGACUCAUAUUAUGUUAUACUUGUUUAUUUAUUUAUGUCCUUGAUAAAACAAUUAAAUAUACAAUAAAAAUAUUGUACACAA